CCCAUCCUCCUUCUGUAGGCUAAUUGGCCAAACCGCCCGACAAGUGAUCACGGCCAACAUGAGCCUCACUUCGCUGCAGUCGGCGGCGCAGCUCAGUCUGCCGCCCUGCUGCACCCGCACGCACAUUCGCGGAGAGCUGCCGAGAAAAUGAGUUAUGUUUUAUAAUCGAAAAUCUCCAGGGUUAGCCCGGUAGGCGUUGCCUGAUACCGUGUGAAGUGUACGCCGAAUUUCUUCCUUCAGCGGUUUUUGUGAGAUGUUCUGCAUUUGCCAUGGCAAGAGGUCUGUUUCCAUGGGGGGUCUUCAAAAAGCCUCUGUACAUCCAGGCCAGAUUUUCCUACCUACACAUGAAGUACCUGUUCUUUUCCUGGCUGGCAGUGUUCGUGGGGAGCUGGAUAGUGUAUGUCGAGUACUCCUCCUACACAGAGCUGUGUCGCGGGCACGACUGCAAAAAUUCAAUAUGUAACAAAUACAGAAAAGGAGUCAUUGACGGCUCAGCCUGCAGCAGCCUGUGUGAGAAAGACACGCUUUACCUGGGGAAGUGCUUCACUGCCAAGGCCAACAGCCAAGUGUACUCUGGGAGCUGGGGAGACCUGGAGGGAGUCAUUAAGUGCCAGAUGGACGAGGCUCCUCAUUAUGAUUUGGGAAGUGAGAUGGAACCCAGGAAGGAGGCUGUGGCCUUUAACAAGCCCACCAAGGGGACCUCUGUGGAAAAGUUCAGAGAGAUGAUCCAAAACCACCUAAAGGCUAAAGUGGGGGAUCAGGCCAACCUUGCAGACCUGGCAACCCAAGUAUUGUCUGUAACAGAUGCCAAUAAGGACGGUCAUAUCUCGCUGCCUGAGGCUCGCUCCACGUGGGCUCUGCUGCAGCUCAAUGAAUUCCUGCUGGCAUUAAUCCUGCAAGACAGAGGGCACACGCCUAAGUUCCUGGGCUUCUGUGGAGACCUGUAUGUGAUGGAGAAAGUGCCGUAUUCGCCGUUGUAUGGCAUCAGUCUACCCUGGAUCAUUGAGGUGUGGAUUCCUGCUGGUCUGCGCCGCAGCAUGGACCAGUGGUUCACCCCCUCCUGGCCACACAAGGCCAAGAUCUCCAUCGGACUGCUGGAGCUGGUCGAGGACGUUUUCCAUGGCACUUUUGGCAGCUUCCUCAUGUGCGAUGUGAGUGCCACCAGUUUUGGCUACAAUGAUCGCCAUGACCUGAAGGUGAUGGAUGCACGGUACAUUGUUCCUGAAGCCAUCUUCGAAGAAGACAUUAGGCAGCAGCGCUGCGAUGUGGACGAGGACUGUCUCUACGGGGCAGACUGCCUCACUUCCUGUGACCUCACCAAGCACCGCUGCACACCCGAGGUCACCAGGCCAAAUUUAGCUAAAGCCUGUGAAGCACUCAAGGACUAUAUCCUGAGAGGUGCCCCAUCUGAUGUGAGCGAGGAGCUUGAGAAGCAGCUGUACGCUUGCAUUGCAAUGAAAGGUUCAGCAGAACAGAUGGAAAUUGAGCACUCGCUAAUUCUGAACAAUCUAAAGACUUUGCUAUGGAAGAAAAUCUCUCAUACCAAAGACUCCUAAUAAAUAAACAAACAAGAAUUGCACGGACGCACAAAGACCGAUUCCUGUCCCUUAGUUUUUUAAUUAAAUAUUGGACAGUCUUUUCACUGUGGAUGUGUAUAUAUACACACACACAAUUCCUUGUCUUCAUCUUUACAUGUUUGACUUAUUUAUUUUAUCCUGAAGCAGCUGUCAUAGAAUGUCACUAUCAUAUUAAACCAUGUAAUAAGUAAACUUCGUUAAUAUACUGAAGCAAAAUGAGCAAGUGAAAUUUUUUGAAAUCAUGACCAAUUAUAUGCCUAAAUAGUGAGUGCUUGUUUAACCCUUUGCAGUGCACUGUCUAGUAGUUGAGCACUUUAUUUCAACUCGAUUCACCUUUACUCAGAACAAAGACCAGGUACCGUUAACAACUCACUCAAGACAAAUUACAACGUCUGUGUAGAAGGUAUUCUCAGUUUGCAGAAAUGAUUAGUCUUUCAUUGCAUGACUCAAAGAUAGUUAUUUUUUAUGACUACCAAAUCAGCCUAAGCGCCAUGGUGCCAUUGAGUGGCCAGUGAGUUACCGCCUACCCUAUAAAAAUAAAUCCAAGGGGAUCAAGAGGCCCUGACACUGCUAAUAAAAGGAUACAUUUAGCGCAAUAUGACAAAGUACACAAGAGGAUUUGACUCUUUUUAAUAGAUUUAUUAGAACAAAUUCUCUCAUUUGGAACAGAGCAGACCGACGCCUCAAUCUGAAGCCUCCUGCUCCUGAGCCCGGAGGAAACUGGCCUUCUUCUGGGCGACACGGUCUUUCCUCUGGGCCAGAGAGAGCUUGGCACGGUUCCA